AUGAAAGCAGAGGUUGUGACAUUGUUGUUGGCGAACCUAGCAAGUAUUAUGCAAAGAGGUGGGGGCCAGUCUCCACACCGACCCAACUGGGUUGGGCUCACUCACUCUGUUCAGAUCCAUUGUCCAGUCUGCCUGCUACCCACUUGCGGCUUACCUUGCUAUGCGCAACAACCGAGCCCAUGUCAUUGCUCUUGGUGUCUUUCUCUGGGCUGCUGCCACCUUCCUCUCGCUCACUGGUUUCUUAUUUUCUAUGAGGAAGGUGCAAUUAGCAAAGUCCAGCUUCGGAAACUCAACUCCCUUUCUCUUGCUGGGAAAGAAGUUCUUUUAAAGGCAGUAGCAACUGCUGUGCCAGCUUUUCCUAUGACUUGUUUUCGUUUCCCGGAAGGAACAUGUAAUCAAAUCAACAGUGACUUGGCUUCAUUUUGGUGGGGCAAUAAUGAGGACAGCGCUGGAAUUCAUUGGAAAUCCUGGAAAAAAUUAUGCUUGGCCAAGAAAGUGGGAGGUUUGGGAUUUCGUGACUUGUCCAACUUCAAUUUAGCUCUUCUUGCCAAGCAAAGUUGGAGAAUUAUUUUGAACCCUGAAGCUGCUUGGGUUAAGAUCUUGAAAGCGCGUUAUUUCCCUUCGACUGACUUCCUUAAUGCAACUAAGGGUUCUCGCCCUUCAUGGGCCUGGGUCAGCCUUCUUGAGGGAAGAAAGGCAAUGAUGAAAGAAACACGCUUCCAAAUUUUUAGCGGUGCAAACACGAAUAUAUGGAACGAUGUCUGGAUCCCUUCCUGUGAGUCGGGACCUGUGAAAACUUUGCUGCCAAUUCCUCCUCAAGCCCCCCAAUUGGUCCAAGAACUAAUGGACAAACAAAACCACACAUGGAAGCUGGAUAGUAUCUCCACCUUCAUAAACAAUGACAUUCUACAGAGCAUCAAAUGCAUCCCCAUUGGUCACUCUUCCAGACCGGAUCGCCUUGUUUGGCCAUGGAACUCAAGUGGCUCGUAUACUGUCAAGUCGGGGGGAGGAAUAAUUCCCUUCCAUCUACGGAAUUAUUCCUCUGAAACCCUAGCCUCCAAGACCAUUAUAAAAGGAUGGCCACACACAAGGGUUGAGGCAUCGGAGGGCCUUUGGCCAACACCCCCCGGGUGUGGUCCUUUUACUCCGAUCUGUUUUGCAGAGAGAAAGAGAAGCGGAGAAGACGAAGGAAUCUUUGACGAAUAUUCUUGUGGGGAAAAUCAUUCCCUCCAAAUUGGUGCUUUCAUUGAGAGCACGAGUUAUACUCAACGCGUGCUCAAGGAAUCCGUUCCUCCUAUUUUCCAAUCCACCGAAGCCUUCCAAACAACCAUGGUUGGAAGCAUGAAGACGAGAGGCAAAACCGCCGCGAUGGCUAAAUCCGCGACGGCCCAAAGCCACUCCGCCCACGAUCCCGCGAUCGACAUGGUGGCCCCACCACCUCUCACCACCGCACCGGCCACCGCCGCCGAACAUGGUGGAACCUCCUAUCAAGGUGGGCUUGUUACCACCGCUGACUUAGGCCCGAUCUUGGAGCAACUUCAAGCGAUCCCUUCAUUGCCUCCACGCUCGACACACGCUCCCGCGCACACCUCCAAUGAAACCCUAGCCCGUGUGCAAUUGGGCUCCACACACUUCUCUCCUCCUGAUCCACGAAGUCAAGCAGACCUUAGUCUGAGAGUUGACCAGCUAGCUCAGAGAAUGGACGACCAAAGCGAUCUGAUGAGGCAACUCCUCCACCAAAUCAGCUUGGCUCAAAACCUUGGCCUUGGACAACUAGGCGAAGAGAGAAGGAUGGACGAACGCACCGGCAGACAACUCAACGGGUACCCAGCAGGUCAAGCAGGAGUAGGCAGACAAGGCGAGGGAGACAACAACUUGAUCGGCCUACUGACAUGUCACAAGCAUCCGCGAGCCCCACUCGGAGCAGAUUAA